AGUGGGGCCCCUCCUUCUGGUCUAAGAUUCUUGAGCUUCUUUGCAAAAGAAAACACUCCCUCCUUUGACAGACGAAGCUAAGCCACUGGUACUGAUCUUGGCCCUGGGAACACUGAGAAUGCUGAAACAUUCUAGACUUGACACUCAUGAAAGAGUUCUCUUGGGAUCUUUGAGAAUCUUCAACACCCUCUUCAUCAUUGUGACCAAGAUCUCAUUUAUCGACAACAGGCCUAAGAUGUUUAUUCAUCAUCCUGAGAAAAAUGAGCCUUGGCCUCUAAACCUAACAAAGCAAAUAUCCCUCCCAUGAAGAAUAGUGCUAGAUCCUGAGGACCUGGAGAGUCUGCGGCCCUAGGGGGAUAAACCAAAGCAGGCUUGUUUUCCUGCUCAGAACAGAGUGGCUCCCUUGAAUGAAUCUUUCAUUAUGAUUCCCACCAACUUGAAAAAAAAAUUCAGCUGCUGUGUGCUGGCCUUUCUCCUGUUUGCAGUCAUCUCUAUGUGGAAGGAGAAGAAGAAAGGGAGUUACUAUGAUCCCCUUAAAUUGCAAACCGAGAAAUUGCAGGUGCUGAGGGGUCUGAAGAAAAUUGCCAUGGGGCCUGGUUCCCAGUCUGCACCUUCAAGCAACACCCAGGACACCCACAGGGGCAGCCAGGCCCUCCACAGUCCUAGGGAUCAGCCCAAGACCGAGCUAGAAACUUUCCAGAUGUGGAGCAAAGACAGCUCUUCCAAAAACCUUAUCCUCAGGCUGCAGAAGAUCUGGAGGAAUUACCUGAGCUUGAACAAGUACAAUGUGUCCUACAAGGGGCCAGGGCCUGGUGUCAAGUUCAGUGCAGAGGCCCUGCUCUGCCACCUUCGGGACCAAGUGAAUGUAUCCAUGGUAGAGGCCACAGAUUUUCCCUUCAAUACAUCUGAAUGGGAGGGUUACCUGCCCAAGGAGAGCAUUAGGAUCAAGGCUGGGCCAUGGGGCAGGUGUGCUGUCGUCUCUUCAGCGGGAUCUCUGAAGUUCUCUCAACUGGGCAAAGAAAUAGAUGAUCAUGAUGCAGUCCUGAGGCUUAAUGGGGCUCCUACAGCCAACUUCCAACAGGAUGUGGGCAUGAAAACCACCAUUCGCCUAAUGAACUCUCAGUUGGUCACCACAGAAAAAAACUUCCUCAAAGACAGUUUAUACAAUGAAGGAAUCUUAAUUGUAUGGGACCCAUCUAUUUACCAUUCAGAUAUCUCCAAGUGGUAUCAGAAACCCGACUACAGGUUCUUUGAUAAGUACAAGAGCUACCGUAGGCUCCAUCCCGAUCAGCCCUUUUACAUCCUCAGACCUCAGAUGCCUUGGGAGCUGUGGGACAUCAUUCAAGAAAUCUCCUCAGAGAAGAUUCAGCCAAACCCGCCGUCCUCUGGGAUGCUUGGGAUCAUCAUCAUGAUGACACUGUGUGACCAGGUGGAUAUUUACGAGUUCCUCCCAUCCAAGCGCAAGACAGACUUGUGCCACUACUACCAGAAGUUCUUCGACAGCGCCUGCACCAUGGGCGCCUACCACCCGCUCCUCUUUGAGAAGAAUAUGGUGAAGUACCUCAACCAGGGCAAAGACAAGGACAUUUACCUGCUUGGAAAAGCCACACUGCCUGGUUUCCGGAGCAUUCACUGCUGAGGUGUGCUCCCUAGACAGGUGCCCUCACUCUUCUCCAUUGGGGAUUUUACAGCCCCUCUCUUGGCCACCCUGGGCCUGGGAAGACCACGCUCCCGAACAAUCCCCUUCUGCUCCUUGAACUCUAGGCCUUCUGCCUGCAAGAGCCUUGGGGCUUUAGGACCCUGAGGGUGAAGAACCAGGUCCAGCCUGCCCUAUUUCUAUAGAGGUGUGAGCGCAAAGCCCCCUGCCACACACAUGCACACACACCUAGCACUCUAUGCAGACAGCGCCCUCCCUUCCUUCCACACGGGUAAAUGCAAGAUCCACCUUUCCUCCCAGAACUGCCAAAACUGGGUUGUUUUCUCCAUCUGAAUAAUAUUAUUCUCACAAACCAGCACUCCAUAUUGCUUGAAAUCUGCACCUAGACGUUGAUUUCAUGUUUUAAAGAAAUUCUCCCAAAUUAUGACUGUGUCUGGUAACGGGUGGCUCUAGGGAAGGAGGCGGGGCAAAUAAGUGGUACAGGGUGAAGGAAACAUGCUCGGUUCCUCCAGAACAAAGUUGCUCCUAAGGUCCCUGCCCCUGGGAGAGGCAGUGUUCCUGUCAUUCAGGCUGAUUUGGCAGGUGCUUAGCCUGGGUGCUUAUGUGUAAAGGGUCUUGAGAACCCUACAUUUCUUUCCAUAUGGAGAUGGAGGUACAGAAACAUACAGUCUACAUCCUCAAGCUGCUUACAGUUUAGUGGGAGCAACAGACAGGUAGAUGCAGUAAGUGCAGUGCCCUGGGGGCCUGUAGAGAGGUGGGCUUGCUGUGCUUGAGCUGUCUGUCUAUGUACCCAGAGAGGAGGGCACACACUUAUUGUGUCUGUGGGUCAUAGAGGGCUUCAGAGAGCUGGGCCGUGGAAUGGAUUUUAGAGAAAAAAGAGAAACAUGCCCAACAGAUUUUGUCUGAGUCAUUUGAGUUGUGUUUCCCUUUCUGCCUUUAUUACUCGUAUUUAUUCUCUAAAGUCUACUUGAACUUACAGGCUCAAAUUAUUUUUUGAGGGAAACCCCAAUCCAUGUGUGAGGCAGCAAGUGCAGCCCCAUGGCAGAUACCGGACAAAAAUGUUGCCAAAAACCUGAUUUCUCCAGGCUCAGCUUGGCCUGCCCUGACCCUGUCCUACUAGCUGGGCUUAUAACUGGAUCCACCACUUCAUUUUUCAUGCCCAACCCAAACCUCCCUCUAACUGCCAUCCUUUUUUUUUCCCCCUUAAAGUGGUCUUCCCCCUCCUAGAUUACUUCUAAGCAUUUUUUCCUUUAAAAGUAUCCUGAACUGAUGUUUUUGACCUUCAUGGGCCUUCUGUGAAAGGUCUCUCAGGGAGUGUGUGGGGGUAUGGUUCCUGAGAACUUAAAGUUGCUCUCAGAGGUCAGAGACCAUAACUGAUUUUCACAAGGUGGAUGAUAGCCUUGUCCUCUACCUCUCUAGCAAGGGGUCAGGGACAGAAUCUCCCAGCAGAAGCUCCCCCACUGUGGUCUGUAAACAUACAUUCUAGAUAGUUUGCUCACCACCGCUCCCUGGUAGAGAACCACCCUGGACUGGUCCUGGUGUGGAGAAAGUACAGGACUUACUCAAGGUUACUAAAUAAUGCUGUAGAGCCAGGCCUCCUAUCUCCAGACCUCUGGACUUCUGGAGCAGGACCCUUGUGCUCAAGGGCCUCUAAUGUUUGAGCUCCAGGCCAGCCACCUGGGAGCUAUAGUACUCAUCUGCUGCCAGUUGCUCAGCUUCGAUAGGCAGUGGAAAGAGCCUGGAGUGAGAAGCCCUGGGUUUUCAGGCUGAGGUUCCCCUUUUUACUAGCUAUGCCACCAUGGGCAAAUUCUCCUGUCUGAACCUCUGUUGCCACAUCUGUAAAUUGAGGGUGAUGAGCCUAUUUCACAGGGCUGUUGUGAGGGUCACAUGAAACACCUACCCUGGCUCUGUUCCUGGCACCUAACAGGUGCUCAGUACAUGGCAGUUUCCUUCCUUCCUUUACUAAGGACCUGCUCUCUGCUCACACCUGGGCAGCACCCUUCUCUGAAGGAGGCUAGAGAUGGGGUCCUGUCCUUAGGAAAUUAACUGUCCUGUUGGGAAACAACUACCCUGUUUGGAACAACCAGGAAACCAUCUGAGGCAAUAGAGGGGGUAGAACAUGCCUCCUCCCCGUCUGCAGCCCAGCCCGGGCCUGAUACCACUUGGGAUGGGUGGAGGAGCUCUUGGGCCGCUAACUGCUGUGUGGAACUAGUCUUAUCUGCCUCCCAGGGCCCAUACAUUCCUGGCUUGCUUUUUGCUCUUAUUUGAUUCUCUCAUUGCGAUCCGUGAAUCAUGAACACUGAGUGCAGAGGAAUGUGUCAUUCCAUCCUCAGGAGAUAGAUGUUGGUGUGGACACUGAGACUACACUGGGUAGAUGCUAGUUUUAGUUAUUAUUAAUAUAAGGGAUCAAAUGAAUUCAAGUGUGAUUCUAUGCUCUACAUAGAUACUCUGGUAAAAUUCACAUACUGUUGGUCUGGCAAGAUGUUUCAUAUUUGUUACAGAUAAUUUAAAAUUAGGAAAGCCCCUGUCUCUAAGGGGUUCUGUCUCCCUCAGUAGUCAUCUCUUCAUCCUUUGUCAUGAGGUCUCUAAUCAUUUUAUCACUCAAAUAGCUGUUGGCAUGGUUUGGAAUUGAGACAUCUUCUAAAAAAAUGCCUAAGCUAAUUCUGAAUUACCCAAAGAUUAUGUAAAAUUUUAAAAUAAAUGUGUUUUUUAAAAGUG